UUAGUACUUUCUAGACUUGUUUAGCGAUUGCUACACGUCACUUCAUUUCACGGCAAAAUAAAAACAACCCAAUACUUAAAGUAGUAUUUACUAUACUAUCAAAAUCGACAAUAUAUUUAAAUUGUAGCAAUGAGUGAGGACGAGCGAUUCUCGGACAGAGAUCUUUAUGAGGUUGAGGAGGAGGAAGAGGAACAGGAAAUCUUCGACGAUGGCUUGGAAUAUUCCGAGCCUGGCCAGCAGAAGGUGGAAAAGCCUUCAAAAGAUGAAAAGAAUGUGGCAAAAUGGCUAAAGAAAAAUGUGAAGACAAAGAAAACGAAGUUUCUGAGUCACAUCGUCGAGUACUUCACUUCGAGCAAGGCGAUCGAUGCGCUGAUGAAGUCCAAAUUCGCCGAGGGCGAUGCUCCAUUGUUUACCACUAGGGAACAGGCAGUGGAAUUUAUGGAUAUUAUGCUGGAACAUAAGUUCUUCCAUCGCGCCAAGAAAGUUCCGGUUACAUUAGACGAACUUCGCGGCAAGUCGGAAAAGAAGUCGGACUCUAGCAAAGCGCAGGAUAAAGAGAAGGAAAAGAACGAUGGUAAAUCAAAUGCAAAGUCCUCUAACUCAUCGUCAGAGAAGAAAGAUACCGAUCCAGAGGGCGAUGGUGGUAAUGGAGUGCAAACCAUCGUGGCUGACAAAAAAGAGAAAAAGAAACGCAAAAUCCGCCUGGACAUGCAUCCAGAACAAAUAUUUGUAGAUGGUUCUGAAGCAUAUGUUUGGAUCUUUGAUCCCAUCCCAUUACACUACUGGAUAUUUGGCUUCUUAUUGCUGUUGGGCGCCGUUGGCAUUUGCAUGUAUCCGUUAUGGCCACCAAUGCUACGCAAGGGCGUCUAUUACUUGUCCAUAACCGCAGCCGGAUUCCUGGUCUUCAUACUGGCUCUGACCGUUGUACGUUUAAUUAUAUUUACGAUCGUGUGGGCUCUGACUGGCGGCAAACUGCAUUUCUGGAUCUUUCCGAAUUUGACCGAAGAUGUGGGUUUCUUUGCUUCAUUUUGGCCGCUAUAUGAGAGUAAUUAUGUAAGCGAUACAUCCGCAUCAGCAUCAUCUAAAUCAGAAAAGAAAUCCAAAUCAAAAUCGAAGAAAAAGGAGAAAGAUAGCGAUGCCGAGGAUACUGUUGUAGAUGGUGAUGGUGACGGUGAGGGCGAUGCGGAUGCCUUGCCACUUGAACCGGAAAAAAUUGAGCAAAUCAAAGAGCACGAUGCCGAUAUGGAAGUGCGUAAGCGCCGUAAGGUUGGUGCUGACGAUUAUGAAGAGGAUGAUGAUGAUGUUGGCGGUGAUGCGACUCAAAAUGAUGAGAGCGAAAUAUCAUCGUCACGAUUGGACGCCACGGCACAAGCCAAGGAUACCAAAGCUGGCACACCCCGCAAUUCGGAAUCAGACUCUGAGAGCUCUAGCAAAGAUUAUGAGAUAAUUAGUUCAAGUGAAGUGCAAAACGUUGCGAGCAACUGAGGGAAAAAACAUUGAUAAUUAAAAAUAAAGAAAAAAAUCAUAAUAAAUCUAUGCUUAAUGUA